UGUAUUCUACAUUUCGUAAUUAAACACCUUAAUCUCUCUCUCUAUGAAGAAAAUGCCAUGGUCGAGGAGUUUGGAUUUUCAGAGAGACUCUAUGCUUGUUGGAUUCUGGAAAUCAGUGAAAAACAGACCAAAACUAGCGUUGAGUCAACUAUUCUGCUUCAUCUUCAUCUCCGUUUCCUUUUUAGCCUUCGCCGGCUGGAUUGAUCUCAGUCAAUAUUCAAAAUAUUACUAUUCCCAAAUUUGUAGCAACAAAACGGCAAAAACGCUUGAAUUUCCACUGGACUGCAGCUCAUGGAACCGAACCAACGUCUGCCCGAAAACCUACCCGAAAUCGCAACCCUGCCCGAAGCCGUCGCCCGGAUCCUGCCCGGAAUACUUCCGAUGGAUCCACCGCGACUUGCGCCACUGGAGGGAGACCGGAAUCACCGAGGCUAUGGUGGAGAAGGCGCGGCGAACGGCGCAUUUCCGCCUCACCAUUUCUGGCGGGAAAAUGUACGUGGAGAAAUUCCGGCAGUCUAUCCAGACGCGCGAUCUGUUCACGAUUUGGGGAUUCGCGCAGCUGAUGAGGUUGUACCCUGGUAGAUUGCCGGAUUUGGAGCUGAUGUUCGACUGCGAUGACCGGCCCGUCGUGCCGGAGGCGGAGAUCGGGCGUGGACCGCCGCCGGUGUUUCGCUACUGCUCGGAUUCGCGGAGCUUGGAUAUCGUCUUCCCCGAUUGGUCGUUUUGGGGCUGGGCAGAGAUAAAUAUAAGGCCAUGGAGAAGUAUGUUGAAGGCAAUUAAAGAAGGGAAUGCGAAGACGAGAUGGGAGGACAGAGUGCCCUAUGCCUACUGGAAGGGGAAUCCGCACGUAUGCCCUUGGCGGGGUGAGCUUAUGCAGUGCAAUGCCACUGAUCAAAAUGACUGGAACGCGCGCCUCUAUGUUCAAAAUUGGGAUGCAGAGGCUAAAGAAGGAUAUCAGCACUCCAACAUAGAAGAUCAGUGCACCCACCGGUAUAAGAUUUACAUAGAAGGGUGGGGGUGGUCCGUGAGCGAAAAGUACAUAUUUGCCUGCGACUCGCCUACCUUGCUAAUGACGCAGCGCUGGCAUGAUUUCUUCAUAAGGGGCAUGACCCCUCAAAAACAUUACUGGCCUGUCAAAGACAGUGACAAAUGCAGGUCACUCAAAUUUGCUGUUGAAUGGGGCAACAAUCACACUGCAAAGGCAAAGGCGAUUGGAGAAAGGGGGAGCCGGUUUAUCCACGAGGAUAUGAAGAUGGAGUAUGUGUAUGACUACAUAUUCCAUCUGCUAAAUGAGUACGCGAAGCUGUUGAGGUACAAGCCGAAGGUCCCUCCAAACGCAGUGGAAGUGUGCUCGGAAUCAUUGGCGUGCUCAGCAGAUGGGAACUGGAGAAAGUUCAUGGAAGAAUCCAUGGAGAAGUCGGCUAGUGAUUCGGCUCCAUGCACAAUGCCUCCACCUUAUGAGGAUCAAGAAUUCAAGGCUUUGGUUGAUGAACAGGCCAAGGCAACAAGACAAGUUGAAGCAUGGGAAGAACGGUAUUGGGCAAAGCAACGAUAGUUAAUCAAAAUCCCAUGGUAGAGUUUCUUGAGAGGAAUGUAUUAAAAGUAAUUGAGUUUGUAUUGUAUUGUAUAAUGUAUAGGUCACUUAUGCAUGGAAAGAUAAAUUAUGUACUUCAAGGUGAUCAACAUAUGAUUGAUGCCUAA